UUCAUCCCACAGUCUUCCUCUCUACUGUUGAACUCUGCAACAAUGGAGAAGAUGGCAGAUCAAUUCAAGAUACGCAACAUCAACUCAACGCGAAAAACCCAUUUCAUCAAACUCAAUAACAUCUUCUCCAUCUUCAUCUUCAUCGUCUUGAUCUCGUUUUCUGUAUCGAUCUGUUCUCASACUCACCAUUUCACCGAUUCCAAUGACCGACACUAUAUCUUCCUGCUCUGCAACGGAAUCCUUUUCUUCCUAUUCAUGAACUUCGAUUUGACCCAUGGUUCUUCACUGAAACAGAAUCAACCAGUGAUCACCGGUGAAAUCUACCAUCCACCUCCACCUCCACCUGUGCUGGUGUCGUCAGCCAUGGAACCAGUAGCCGCCAUGGAAGAAAUCAUCAAAGAAAUCAUCGAAGAAGAAGAUGAUGAAAUGGAGCUAAACGGGAAUCGGGUUUAUGUAAAUGAAGAUGAAAAUGCUGUUUCAAUCAUCCAAGAUCGAAUUGAAGAUGAAAUGGCGGAGCUGCAGCAACUUGGUGUUGGUGUUGUUGAAGAAGAAGAAACAGGGGAAUCAAAAGAAGCAGCAGAAACAGAGGAAUUGAACAAGAGAUGUGCGGAGUUCAUAAGAAAUACGAGAGAGAGAAUGAAAUACGAAUCAUCGUAUCACUACGUAUCACUUCAGUCGACCAAAAUAAAUGCAACAUUUUCCUUUUAGGGUAAAAUAAUUGCUAACUUUCUAUACUCAGUAUAUCUUUAAUUUAAAGAAAAUGU